CCACAAUCGUAGCAGUAGCAGCCAAGCAGGGCGGAGAUGUGCGGAAUCGCAUUGAUUGUCUCUGCCAUUCGCAUCACCUCAUCCUCCUUAACGUCCCCACCUCCUGCAACUGAGAAACUGUCGUUCUCCGUGGAUGACGUCAAGGAAGCUCUCCGGAGAAGGGGUCCCGACAGUUUAGGUGUAAAGAAAGUCUCCCUGCAACGCAGCGUUUCGGGGAGAAACCAUAUCUCAUCGUCCUUCAUAACAGCAGGUGAUGAAGGACACGGAUUCUGUUCUCAAGGAAAUGAUGAUAAUGGAGAAUGUACGGCGCAGCUUCAUUUCAUUGGUGCAACUUUGCAGCUCAGGGGAAGCAAUCCUCUUGUUCAGCCUCUCGUAGAUGCAUCUGGAAAUGUUCUUGUGUAUAAUGGUGAGAUUUUUGGAGGACUUGACAUUGCAAGUGAUUGCAAUGAUGCUGAAUUCCUCUUGCAAACUCUAGGAAGGUGUUGCUCCUGUGGUUAUUGUGCUACCGCACAGUGUGCUAGAAGUGGGAAGAGUACUGUUCCAGAUGUUCUUUCUACUAUUAAAGGGCCGUGGGCUAUCAUCUAUUGGCAGGAUAGUUCACGGACUCUCUGGUUUGGCCGAGAUGCAUUUGGUAGAAGGAGCCUCCUUGUUCACUGGCCUACACAAGAUGACUGCACCUUCCUGCUUUCUUCUGUCUCACCUAUUUUUCCUACUGAGCAGACCUCUGAGUAUGAAACACAUAAUGGACUCGGUUGUCCUAGUUACUGGGAGGAGCUACCAUGUGGGAUAUAUAGUCUGGAUGUGGAUGGUUCAAAAUCAAAUGGACAUAUGGCUGGUGAGCUCAAGCUACAUGAAUACACAAAUUCCAUGUUAAAGGAACUUAUUAAAUGGGAGAGAACUUCCAUUGAACCCAACUCUGAAGACCUGCAGAUAUACAAAUGCUCAACUCAGUCAACAAUUCCAGUGCCAGCUCAUGUUUUGCUAAAUGCUUUACACGAGUCUGUGUUGCGGCGUACUUCAAUGUAUACAAUAUACCAGGUAUCGAGUACUAAAGAGAACUUUGUUCCUGUGGCCAUUCUUUUCUCUGGUGGUCUGGAUUCUAUGAUACUUGCAGCAUUAUUAGAUCAAUGCCUAGAUCAAAGUUAUCAAAUUGAUCUACUUAAUGUAAGCUUUGAUGGUCAGUUUGCUCCAGAUAGAAUAUCUGCCAAGGCUGGGUUAAAAGAACUGAAAAGAGUUGCACCUUCCAGAAGGUGGAGACUUGUGGAGAUUGAUUCUGAAUUGUCAGACUUGGUGUUCGAAACUAGUCAUGUUAUGUCACUCAUAAAUCCUGCUAAUACCUACAUGGAUCUUAAUAUUGGAAUAGCUUUAUGGCUCGCUGCUGGUGGUGAUGGAUGGGUGUCUGGUGCAAAUAUAGAUGAUAAUGAUGAUGAAAAUCCUGCACGAGCUAAGUAUAAGUCCAGUGCAAGGAUUCUCCUUGUUGGUUCUGGCGCUGAUGAACAAUGUGCUGGGUAUGGUCGACAUAGAACAAGUUAUAGACGAGGAAGUUGGCUGGGGCUACACGAGGAAAUGAAACUAGACAUGCAAAGAAUCUGGAAAAGAAAUUUAGGGAGAGAUGAUAGAUGUAUUGCUGAUAAUGGAAAGGAGGCUAGAUUUCCAUUCUUGGAUGAGGAUGUGAUUAGGGUUUUGCUCAACUUUCCUUUGUGGGAGAUUGCCAACCUUGAUCAACCUAGUGGCAUCGGUGAUAAAAGGAUUUUAAGAGAGGUUGCAGCAUUGCUUGGUUUGAAUGAGGCAGCAAUUCUGCCAAAACGGGCAAUCCAGUUUGGCUCUAGAAUUGCCAGGGAAUCAAAUCGAAAGAACUUUGGGAGUAAUCGAGCAGCAAAUCAGGCUUCUGCAGGCAGUGUUAGGAUUGAUAAAAGAUCGAACUAUAGUUGAUCCCUUUAGGUCUCAAGUUAAUUUUCUAAUAUAUUUAUCAUCAAUAGACCACACGUCUCUGGGCCAUAAUUGUUUAAACCGUUUGGGUAAGUAGAUAUUGGGUUUGUUUAUUUUCGAGAAGAAUUUUUGUCAGAAGUAGAAGUAGAAAAAUAUUUUGUAUUUGAAUAUAUUUAUAAAAGUUUUUUCUAUUAGCAUUAGAA